AUGGCAUCAAAACAAAUGAUCAUUGAUGUUAUUGAUCGAUUCAAUGGUCUGGAAAAUUUUGAUAUAUUCUUUGAUGAUGGUGAUCUUGAUGAUGAUUGUACGACUAUUUAUGAAGGUGUCUCAAUUGAUUGAAUUGUAUUGAGACAAACAUCUGGUAUGUGGGCUACUGUGAGUGUUUGUUUUAUGUACAUUUACAUUCUUAAAUUAUUAGAUGUCUACUAUGACCAAAUGAAAACACUUGAAACUAAUUUUAAUGAUACAAACAUUAUUGAACCUUUGAAAAAAGGAGAAUUUAUAGCUCCAAGGUAUCUCCAUGAUAGAAUCGAAGAAGAAAUAAUAUUAACAGCUGCAUUAUGCACACCAAUGAGUUAUGAAAUUCAGAAAGAAGCUUUUGGUUUAAUAGCACUUAAUGAAUGUACUAAUCUGAAAAAUAUUGUCCGUCAAUACAGAUCUCAAAUCAAAAUACAUGAAGAGACUACCAACAAAACCUAUAAAAUACCUAAUGCCUUAACACACGAUGUUUCGAAUAAAUUAACAGCAGCAGCCAUUACAGUACAAAAGAAUGAUUUAGUUGAAGAUAAAGCACAGACUCACUGUAUCGAAACAUGUGUGACUACUCAACAACAACGUGAAAUUAUUCGACAUGGUGAUGUUCGUGUACCAUCGCAUUGGGAAUUACAAAUAAGCAAUGUUGAACGAUUUCCCUUAAAUGAGAUUUCAGAUGAAUACAAACAUAUUCGUGCAUUAUUUGAUAAAAUGAUGGCUCAGAAAUAUACAACAAUAAUUCGUAUAGAACGCGUGGUAUAUGGACAAGGAGCUUAUUUUUCAGCAAAUGCAAGCUAUAGUCACAAGUGCGCUAAACUUAAUCAAUCGAAUAGUGAACGAUCUAUGCUUGUAGUCAGUGUAAUAGUGGGUAAUACUACACGAGGAAAUUCUGCGAUGAAAACACCGCCUGAAGGCUUCGAUUCGACUACGGACGGAGACCAUAUCUUUGUUACAUAUCGUGAUGAUCAAGCUUUUGCAGAAUAUCUUAUUGUUAAAUUUUGUUUUCUAAUCCACCAAUGUGUGCCUUUUACUUAUGAUGAAAAUAAUCAAUUACUUAUGCAUUUUCCAGUAAAUGAUUAUAUUAAUGAAAAUGAUGGGUCUUUAAAAGAUUUUGAUGAAUUCAUAAUAAAAAUAAAAAACGAAAUUUAUGCAUUAUCACAACGAAAAGUAAAGAUCGAUCAAAAUAAAGAAAAAGAAUUACAACAACAGCAAAAAAAUGAUAGUCAAAUAUAA